ACACGAGCACAGGGACUGGAGAGGGUCAGCGCAGCCCGACCGGCUCAGCUGGCGGCCCGUGGGAGCGCCGGCAGCGGCUCGGUAAUGGGUUCCGCCGGGCCCCGGCGCCCCCCGGCGCCCCCCGGAGAUGCUGCCGCCGCUCCCCGCCGCUGCCGGGGGUGAGGUGCCGCCGCCCCCGGCCCAGCCAUGGCUGCGUGCGGCUGCAACGCGCUCCUGGCCGUGGCCAGGGCCAGUUUCAGGGGCUCCCAUCUCCUGUUGCACUCCAGCCCUCUGUACUCUCCAGCCGUUGCUCUUGUCCAGCUGGUGGAUUCCCAGUUAACCUGGACUUCAAGAGACUCCAAAACCCACCCCUGGCCACGCCACACCUGCCUGGGCGCUGCCCUGCCUUGCUCACCUGCCCACACCUUGCACACCUCCACCAGCCCACGGCAGCAGGUCCCAGGUGGAUCCCUGCCCCACCGAAAUCCAAGAAACCAGGGAGCUAAACCUGCUAAGAUUCUGACAAAGCAGAUCACAGAGGCUUCUGUGGGAAAAAAGUCUUUGCGACAAAAAGCUGUGGAUGAGCUGAAGCAUUACUACAAUGGAUUCCACCUGCUCUGGACUGACACCAAGGUGGCUGCCAGGAUGGUGUGGAGGCUGCUCCAUGGGCAGGUGCUCACCAGGAGGGAGAGGAGAAGGCUGCUGAGAACUUGUGCAGAUCUCUUCCGGCUGGUUCCCUUCCUGGUGUUUGUCAUUGUCCCCUUCAUGGAGUUUCUGUUACCUGUGUUCCUGAAGCUCUUCCCUGAAAUGCUGCCCUCGACGUUUGAGACAGAGUCAAAAAAGGAAGAAAAGCUGAAGAAGAAGUUAAAUGCAAAGCUGGAGUUAGCCAAAUUUCUGCGGGAGACCAUUGCAGAGAUGGCCAAAAGGAACAGAGCAGACACAGGACAAGGGAAGCAAUUCUCCUCUUACCUUCACGAGAUCCGUCACAGCGGCCACCAGCCCAGCACGCAGGAGAUUGUGCGCUUCUCCAAGCUCUUCGAGGACGAGCUGACCCUGGAGCACCUGGAGAGGCCCCAGCUGGUGGCUCUGUGCAAGCUGCUGGAGCUGCAGCCCCUGGGCACCAACAACCUGCUGCGCUUCCAGCUGCUGCUGCGGCUGCGCAGCAUCAAGGCCGACGACGAGAUGAUUGCCAAGGAGGGGGUCAGUGGCCUGAGCGUGUCGGAGCUGCAGAGUGCCUGCAGGGCCAGAGGGAUGCGAUCGCUGGGGCUCUCUGAGGAGCAGCUGAAGGAGCAGCUUGGGCAGUGGCUGGAUCUGCAUUUAAAGGAGAACGUUCCUCCUUCUCUCCUCCUGCUUUCCCGUGCCUUGUAUUUAAUAGACCUAAAGCCACAAUCUGUUUCCAUUCCACAGAACAAGGCAAGUGAAGCUGCAGGAGUUGUGACAUCUGUGCUUGAAGGUCAGGAGACCCUCCUGGAUCCUGCCCCUGUUGUACAGGGAAGAAAGAAUGAAGAAUUUGUGUCCCAGCCAACAGAGAAAUUGCCAUUCUCAGAAGCAUCAGUGAAGUCUCCCCCACGAGAGGUGAGCUUGUCAGAGUUCUUACACCUCCCAAAAGAGAUUGUUCUUCACACAGCUUGCAGCCAAACUGUGAAAGUUCAUAGUGCAGGAUGCUGUGAACGCUGAGUUCAAGGAGCAGCUGAAGAAACUGGAUGAGAACUGCACUGAGGGCUAAUCAAUACAAAAAUGACACAUGGCAAAGAGCAGCAAACUGGGGGAGUGGGCAGAGCACUGGGAGAAUGACAGGUAUAUCCUUGUACUCUUCCUUAAUAGUCUGCCUUGGGCCACUAGGACAGAGCCACCCUCCCUUGGAGUCACCAGGGUGGUAAGAGCCACUUCGUAUCUGUAAAAAUACUUCUGCAGUGAUUGUCUUUGUUUUGUCCAUUUUCUUUCUGUGAGUAUUUGAUUUCAUGUGCUUAUGUACACAUCUGGGAUGGUCCUUAAGGCAAGUUUGGGAGUCCAGACAGAUUCCUGUCUCCUUUAACCUGAAGAACUUUGCUCCUCAUCAGCUGUUAUUUCCAGACCAGCUUCCCAUGCUGAAUGGGAAAACACCUUCAGAUAAGAUUUAGAAUUUCAAGAAACAUUUGUACUACCUAAAAUCUGCCCUUUUCUUGUGCCCCUAGACCAAAAUGGAAGCAUCCCAGAGCAGCAAGGCUGGUGCCAAUGGAGCCUAACCUGGAGCCAGCACUGGGAGGAAGCAGCUUCCAUCUCCACACCUCCUGCAAAGGGAACAGGAGGCUGCAGGAGGGAACAGGAUUUUGCAGGAGGCUGCUCUACACAACAAGGCAGUAGCCCUCAGGGGCCUCUCUCUCUGUCCCAAGCUUGUUAGCAACUAGGCCACUGCUGUCUUUAUGGCUCCAGACAUCUCUUUUGUGCUGGCUCUUUGCCCUGCUACUUUUAACUUAUGGUGUAAAUAUGUUAAUAAUGGUGCUGCUGUCUGUGCUGUUCCUGAGCAGGUAUUUGUGCAUAGCAAAGGCAUCUUUUCGUGUCAGUACAGGCUGGUCUGGGGAUCCAGCAAAGCCUGUUUUGAGUGUUAAAUCCUCUGCAGGAACAUCUACCCAGUCCCAGGGCAAGCAGCUUGUCCUGAGUGUCACAGCUCAGGCUUUUGGUCCUGAUUUAGGGUGUUGUAACCGGUGACCAGCCCACAAUGACCCACGUGGCCACAGUUUUAUUGAGGAGGGUAAGCACAGGGGAGGAGGGAGCAGCACUUGGUGCUGUGGUAGAACUGUUCAGAAAGGCUUCAGACCUUGCUGGACAGGAACAGGAACUCCAGCUGUGAGUGUUGCUUCCCCAGUGAGAGCUGUGCAGGUGCCACACACUGUGACAGAAUCAGACUUGCACUUUCAGGAUCCUUCUGGGUCAUGUCAGGGAGCAGCCAGGGACCUGCAUGCCUCUCUCACGUGUGGAGAUUUGGUUAAUCCUUACCAGGCUCAGAAUACACUCCAGGUGCUCUCCAUACUUCGCAAAGUGACUCCUCACAUGCUCCACUGAUGACUCAGUUUUUGCCAGAAUCUCAGAGGAUACUGAAAAGCUGUUUUUAGCAUCAUUAAAUUUUUUACUCUGUCCUAUGUAAAUGCUGAAAAAUUACUUACAUUACGGAUUUUAAAUAUGUAUAUUCAUACUUACUGUAAAGUUAGAUUUGGUGCUAAGUAGUAAUGAAAUGUCUCUUCCAGAGGUCAGACAGCUUUUAGAACAACCCGACUGAAAGCCAGUUCUCCAAGGUCAGGUGUGAGCAGCACUUUAUACCUGGGGCCUCAGGCUCCUACAGCAAUGCAGAGUCAGCUGUCAGGAGUUCUGUGUCCUUAGCUCUGUACCUGAACCUCUCCUUGUUCACCCAGCCCACCUGCAGUGCUGGACCUGUGUCUAAUAAAUGGGAGCAAAUGUUAUUUCAAUAAAAUAACACCCUUGCUGUG